GCUUGCGCCUUCUUCCGGCAUCGAGCAGCGAGUCCGCUGGUAUUGAGGCGGUAAUCGGGCUGUGGGCAGUGGGCAGGCAGACCAAGGAGGAAACAAAUGGAGUUAUCCGGAAGCUCCGCGACAUGACUGCUGUGUCUCUGGAAGGAUAUGUUUAUGUUCUGAUGAUGGAGUCCUGGCGCCGCCCAUCUAAUUGUCCAAUUCUUGACACCAGCUCUGACAUCUAAGGACUCUGUCCUUCCCCAAGAGGAAGACCCAUCAGCCCUUGAACUCCCGGAAGUCAUGCCUCUCGGUUCAGAACUGUUCAGGGACGUGGCCGUAACUUUCUCCCACGAAGAAUGGGAGUGCCUCCAGCCUGCUCAGAAGGACUUGUACAGAGAGGUGAUGCUGGAAAACUACGGCCAUCUGGUCUCACUGGCAUUGGAACCUGGAUACGGUGCCAAAAUACUGUCUGCAAAGCCACACGUUAAUGAAAUGGAGUCGCCACGGUGGGGGAUAAUGGGAGGCCUUGCAAGCUGUGGUCUUGAGGGCUCGAGCUUCCAGGAUGAUGGGGAAGACGAAGGCCUGUUUGACAGAGAACCAGGAAAUCCAGACAGAAAUGCCAGUCCCGUGUUAAUCAGUCAUGAGGAAAUGCCCGCUUUAAAGCAGCAAGCACCUCUUACUUUUUCCCAGAGAAAGUCCUGCCGAUAUAAUAAACGCAAAAAAGACUUGUGGCACAAGGAAUUCCGCAUCAAUCAAGGAAUUCCUACUAGUGAGAAGCCCUACAAAUGUAGGGAGUGUGGGAAGGCUUUUAAAUACGGUUCACGACUAAUCCAGCAUGAGAAUAUUCAUUCUGGCAAGAAGCCUUAUGAAUGUAAAGAAUGUGGGAAGGCCUUCAAUUCUGGCUCAAAUUUCAUACAACACCAGAGGGUUCAUUCAGGUGAGAAACCUUAUGAAUGUAAAGACUGUGCUAAAGCCUUCAGUCGGAGCUCACAGCUCAUUGAGCACCAGCGAAUCCAUACCGGGGAGAAACCCUAUCAAUGUAAGGACUGUGGCAAGGCCUUCAAUCGGAUCUCGCAUCUUAAAGUCCAUCACAGGAUUCAUACCGGUGAAAAGCCCUACGUGUGUAAGGAGUGUGGGAAGACCUUUAGUCAUAGGUCUCAGCUGAUUCAGCAUCAGACUGUCCACACUGGCAAGAAACUCUUCGAAUGUAAAGACUGUGGGAAGGCUUUUAACCAAGGAUCCACUCUUAUCCGACAUCGGCGAAUUCAUACUGGAGAGAAACCUUAUGAGUGCAAGGCAUGUGGCAAGACCUUUCGAGUGAACUCGCAGCUUAAGCAACAUCAGAGAAUUCACACCGGGGAGAAACCCUACCAGUGUACGGUGUGCAGUAGGGCCUUCAAGCGGGUCUCACAUCUCACGGUCCAUCAUAAAAUCCAUACCCAUGAGAAGCCAUACGAGUUCAAGGAAUGUGGGAAAGCCUCCAGCCAUUGCUCACAACUGAGUCAACAUCAGGUGAGCUGUUCCAAGGAAAAGCCCUACAAGGGAUGUGGCAGGAGCGUACGUCACGAUCCAGCUACCGUUCAGCCUCCCAGACGGCGCAAUAGAGGAACGCGUGUGAACAUAAUAAAUGUAGAAAAGCCGUCCCUCGGCCCUUACCCGCUAUUAAUCAUCAGGGAGUUUGUGCUGGCAAGCAACCACAGGAAUGGAAAUAAUACAAGGAGCCCAUUAGCGUAGGGCGAUUACGGCCGGUGCAUCUUGGAGAAAGGAGAGCUCAGUGUACUGCUAAUAAGAUGCCUCAAUUUAGAGUUUUCUAAAUCAAUUAACAGGGAAAGGUUGGAAAUAGUUUUGUCUCCCAACACUCCACAGAAUCUAGUCAUGGGAUUUUUAUGUGCCUUUUUUGUUUGUUUUGUUUUGUUUUUGAGAUACAGUCUCUAAUUUAGGCUCGGCUGGCCCAGAAUUUGCUAUGUAGACCAGGCUGGCCUGGAACUCCUAAUCUGCCUGCCUCCGCCUUCUGAAUGCUGGGAUAUUAAAAGUAUGUGCCACCAUGCCCAGCUUUAGUCGCAGGGAAGCCAAAUUACUCCUGGGUCAACCAGGAGAUAAAUCCUGUAGACACCAUGUGUGGCAAUAAAAAGAACAAAUCGAUAAUUUUACGUGCUAAGAAAGGUAAGAAAUAAAGCUACAUCCAGGGUGUGGUAACACACUUGAAUCCUAGCACUUGGGAGGCAGAGGCUGGUAGAUCUCUGUGCGUUCCAGGCCAGUUGGCUGCACAGUGAGACCCUGUCAUAAAACAGCAACCCCACCCCCAAGAGCUAUCCCAGAGGAAGUAAAAGAAUUUUAUAAAGA